AUGUCGCCAGCACAUAAGACGUAUGUGCACAUGCUGGCGUCGUCGUUGGGAGAGAUCGCGGCCUGCGCAAUCCGUGUGCCAACAGAAGUCGUUAAGCAACGUGCGCAGGCUGGCCUGUUUGGUGGAUCUACCCUACUUGCGCUGAGAGACAUCUUGUCCCUGCGGAGGAGUCAUGGCCUUUACACAAUGACAAUGGAGCUAUAUCGAGGUGGCGGUAUCACAAUUCUGCGGGAGAUCCCCUUCACGAUCAUUCAGUUCAGCCUUUGGGAGUACCUGAAGUCAGCCUACUCCAGGCGUCAAACCGAGCUGACCGGGCGUGAAAAAGGUCUCACGACCACGGCUGAGAGUGCCAUCUUCGGUAGUGUAUCAGGGGCAAUUGCCGCUGGGCUAACCACACCUCUGGACGUCCUAAAGACACGGAUCAUGAUAACCAGGAGGACCUCUGGCGAUGGGGCGGCGGAGCGUCAAGGCGUCGUAACUGUGGCUCGUCAAAUCCAGAGGCAGGAUGGAUUGCGCGGCUUCUUUCGUGGUUUCAUUCCUCGAGUCGGAUGGAUCAGCACUGGAGGAGCAAUAUUCCUGGGAUCCUAUCAAUGGGCUAUGCAUCAACUUGGAGCACCGCGCGAUGACGGGACAGCUGUAUGA